GAGAAAAGAAGGGCAAAAGUGGCGGAGCAAAUAAAAUAUGUUGGGCGAAAAGAUUCUUUUGUAAAGCGAGCAAAUAACGCAAGGGAAAACAUCUUUUUCUUCAGGGGAAGUGCAGGGGAAGUGCAUUAAGAGAAAACAGAGCAUUACAGUCGGUAGUCACGGCCUCCUUUCGCGCCAUGAGCCUCUUCGGCUUGGGCAGGAAUCAAAGGACAUUCCGCCCUAAGAAAAGUGCUCCAUCAGGAAGCAAGGGCGCACAACUUCGUAAACACAUCGAUGCUACUUUGGGUAGUGGAAACUUAAGGGAGGCAGUUCGACUUCCUCCUGGAGAGGAUCUAAAUGAGUGGUUGGCUGUCAAUACGGUGGAUUUCUUCAAUCAGGUGAAUCUGCUUUAUGGCACCUUGACAGAGUUUUGUACACCAGAAAACUGCCCAACGAUGUCUGCCGGGCCAAAGUAUGAGUACCGAUGGGCAGAUGGUGUUCAAAUAAAGAAACCCAUAGAGGUAUCGGCACCAAAGUAUGUGGAAUAUUUAAUGGACUGGAUUGAGGCUCAGCUUGAUGAUGAAUCAAUUUUCCCCCAAAAACUUGGUGCACCAUUUCCUGCAAACUUCCGAGAUGUUGUUAAAACAAUAUUUAAGCGACUUUUCCGUGUAUAUGCACAUAUCUACCACUCCCACUUCCAGAAGAUUGUGAGUCUGAAAGAAGAAGCUCAUCUUAAUACCUGCUUCAAACAUUUCAGCCUCUUCACAUUUGAGUUCCAUUUGAUUGAGAAAAAGGAGCUCGCACCCCUUCAGGAUCUGAUAGAUUCCAUUCUUAUUCCAUACUAACGAAUUUAGCAUUAUAAUUUUAGUUUCUGCCAAUUUCCGUACUUGGAAAUAUUCUGAAAGUUGCAAGGUUGGUACUCUCAAGGAAUCCACUUAACAGAUAAGUUUGAGGUAUGUUUGUGUAAUAAUGUAUAGCUUAUUGAAGAAACCUUAAGUUUUUAAUUGGAUGUGAUUUCAAUAUGAUUUUGUUUCACCGGUGAUUCCUAUAUAAUAAAUUCAGUUCUAUAUCCAAUCUAGAGAAUCAAAUUUCUCUAGAUUGGCCAAUGCAUUGUAUUCACUUAUAAAUCUGGCCUUUGUCUCUGCCAUGAUAUUCAAAUAAUCUGUGUUUUGUACAUACAUAUAACAGAUGGAAGUGGUAAUAUGUUGUGGUUGAGACUGAUAUUUAAUAUUUAUAUAUUAUAAAUUUGGCAAAAAAUGUUAAUACAAUUUGUGUGUAAUUUUUA